UGCCACGUCAGACACAGUGCCACGUAAGCAGUGCCAUGUCACCAGUGCCACAUCAUACUAGUGCCACGUCAGCAGUGCCCCGCCACCAUGACGGGCUCACUUAUGGGCAUGCCAGACCAACUGGCAAAUGAAUCCAUUGCCGAAUACCGACAACGGUUCGAAACUCAGCUCGCACUGAUCGCGGCUGAGGAACAACGCCAUCUGGCAGUCAAGGCUGCCCAGCAACAGGCUGACGAAGCGGCAGCAGCAGAAACGCUCCGGCUACAGGCCGAAGCGGACGCAGAUGCCCAGGCUCGCCACAAGGAAGCCGAGGACCUCCUGCAGCGACAUGAAGCAGCCAGCGUGGACAGACUCAAAUUCUGGCACUUUGAACCCAACGGCGACGACGCGACACUAGAAGAGCAGCAUAAGGAGUUUCUCUCCAAACUCGUGACACGGCUGUUGUACACGUGCAACCACCAACAGUACGAGUUGGAGAAGCAGUACCACAACCUGACGCAACAGCAUCAGGAGUUGGCGAAGCUCCGCCACACAGUGCAGAGCCAUGAGGACGCAACUCGGGCACUCAAUGCCCGAAUGCUGGACCUGGAGAACGUUGUACCAGGACCAGUUGUUGGGGCUUCCAGCGGUGCAUCCUCUAGCCGCCAACUGGAGGAACGCGUUGACCACGUAGUGGCAAUGCUUGGCGACAUCAGCACCUUCGCUGCGCCGACCACCAUCAGCAGUCAGCUGCAUAACUUGAAGACCGAGGUCCAGCAGCUGCAGGCGACGAACACGGAGGACAAUCCGAAGAUGUACAAGAUGCCAACUUUCCAACUGGACAAGUUCGACGACUACACGCACCACCUGGCAGCCUCUCACGGCGUUGACGUACCAAACUUGGAGGACAAAAUCACAUGGGAGGAACUGACACGGCUGUGGAAGAAGUGGUUCAUCGUCGACGACGCGCCGACACUCGCCAUCAACCAUUUGUUCACCAUGUCACAGGGCAACACUGCAACACGGGAUUGGCUCACGGAGUGGCAGAAGAUUGCGGCGGUGCCCAAUCUGGAAUUGACAUUCACGCAUCUACGCCGCGAGUUCUACAACAGGUCCUGUGCGGCAUUGAGCCAGGCUCUUGGUGACUGCGAGCAGUACUCCGCUUUCGCCGAGAUUAUCGAUAAGGCGAGAGAGAUCAUCAAGACCAACAGGUCCGCUGCACACGAGAAAUCACCAUGGCAGCCGACCUAUGUGGAGAAGGUACGAACUGGUCCGCGACAGCAGCACUUCGCUGCAGUCGAGUUGGACAGUGGAGAUAACCCAGCAGCCACUCCAGCAUCAAGUGACGGAGAUCAGGUGGCUGCUGUCCAGCCGCGAAGCAACAACAAGUCCCGCAACAAUGGGAAGGCGAAAUCCGCAGCGCAGGCCGGAAAUGGACAGCCAGUACAAGUUCCAUGGGUCAAGUUCGGCUUGACCAAGGCAGAGUACAAGGUCCGCGGCCGCUACGGCAUACCAGCUCCGUUGAUGGACGCCGGAGCAGAGGUUGUCGACCUUCACGCUUACAUCGCGAAGAUCGACCGCGAGUUUAAGACGCAACGGUACGACAACAUCGACGCACCAUUGCUCUACGUACGCAUUCAGAUCGGAGAGACGACCUGCAGUGCCCUGAUCGAUUGUGGAGCAUCUCGCAACUACAUCAGCCAGGACUUCAUGGUGCGCGCCGGCCUUGGCCCACGCGUCCGGAGGAAGUUCCAGCCUACGCAAGUCACGUUGGCGGACGGUCACAUGCACAAGUCAAUCGUCCGGUACAUUGACAACGUCCUAGUGUACUUUGGCCCUCACACAAGUGAGGCGGUGUCCUUUGACAUUCUGGACACCAAAUUUGACAUGAUCUUGGGCAUGUCAUGGCUGCGAAGCGAGGAUCACCCGGUGAACUUUUUCCACCGCACCGUUCACAUUCGUGAUCGGAACGGGACGAUCGGGAACGUCGACCCUCUCCCACGCAUCGACGACCUUCUCGAGCGAUUGGGCGGCGCCCAGUUCUUCUGUAAGCUGGAUCUCAAGUCAGGGUACCACCAACUCGAGAUUCGCAAGGAGGAUCGCUACAAGACCGCGUUCAAGACACGGUAUGGGCAUUUCGAAUGGCUGGUCAUGCCGUUUGGCCUUACGAAUGCCCCUGCCACUUUCCAAGUGGCUAUGACAACGGAGUUCCGACACAUGCUGGAUCGAUUUGUACUCAUCUACCUCGACGACAUCUUGGUGUAUAGUCGGAGUUUGAACGAGCAUAUGGAACACAUGCGCACCAUUUUGGAGCGGCUGCGACAAGCCAAGUACAAAGAAAACCGCGACAAGUGCGAGUUCGCACAGCAGGGGCUGGAGUACUUGGGACACUAUGCGACGCUGCAAGGCAUCCGUCCGCUUGCGGACAAGAUCGAGGCCCUACGAGUAUGGCCCGAGCCCACCAACACCAUUGACGUUCGUUCAUUCAUGGGGUUGGCAGGCUACUAUCAGCGAUUCAUCACCGAACACUCCAGGAUUGUUGCACCUAUGACGAGGUUACAGUCGCCAAAGGUGCCAUUCGUAUUCGAUGACGACGCACGCCAGUCAUUCCAAGCACUUAAGACRGCUAUGCUCAUGGCACCCGUCCUUAGCAUCUAUGACCCCACCCUGCCGACGCGAGUGACUAUGGACGCUUCCGACUAUGGCAUUAGGGCAGUCUUGGAACAACACGACGGCGACGACUGGCACCCUGUGGAGUAUUUCAGCCACAAAGUGCCUCCCAUCAACUCGCUUGAAGAUGCAAGGAAGAAGGAGCUGCUCGCAUUUGUGAUGGCUCUCAAGCGCUGGCGGCACUUCGUCCUUGGGCGUCGUAGGUUCACAUGGGUCACAGACAACAAUCCAUUGACCUACUACAAGACGCAGGACACAGAGUCCGGCACAACAAUGAAACCAAGUUCGACUCGACAUCCUCAGACAGACGGGCAGACGGAGCGGGCACAUCAAACCGCUCAAAUGAUGCUUCGUGCGCUCAUCCGUCCGGACCAGAAAGAUUGGGUUGACCGCCUCCCCGACAUCGAGUUCGCCUACAACACUUCGGUGCAUCCGGCGAUCGGCGUGACUCCAUUCGAGUUGCACCACGGUGGACGGAAAGGCCGAAUCUUCGCCGACCUUCUCCUCCCUCGACCAGCCGACAUUGACGAUGCCUGCUCUCCCGCUUCCGUCCGGAAGUACAGGGAAUUGCUGACUCAAGCCCGUGCAAAUAUGCAAAAGGCUCAAGUCCGCAUGCAGCAGCAAGCCAAUAGGCGUCGCGUACCAUGUCCCAUCCGCGUCGGUGAUCUCGUUUGGGUCUCCGUGGAAGAGUUUGCACUGGAACAGAAUGUUUCACACAAACUGCUUCCCAAGUGGUUUGGACCUUGGUCUGUGACAGCAGCCGCGGGCGAUGAGCCCGAUGGCCCUUCAUUUGUGAUCAACAUUCCAGAGCAUCUGACGGUCCAUCCGGUUUUCCACGCCUCGAAGCUGGCAACAUACACACCAGCCAAGAGCGACGACUUUCCGGACCGACGAUCGCAGGACCCUCCUUCUAUGGAUGGCCAUCAGGAAGUUGACCGCGUCAUCUCCGAUCGCAAGUACGACAGCAAGCCGUGGCAGUACAAAGUCAGAUUCAAAGCAUGCGAUCGCGACGACACUCGGUGGAUUUCAGGCGCAGAUUUGAAAGCAUCCGCACCGCUGAUCUAGGCGCAUUAUAAAAAGCGGAGGUUACCUCAGGAAGCU